GUGGUCCAGCCCACACCCCAAGCUCUACCUGCUCGCAAAUCAGCCUCAUCAAUCCUUGUCUCUCCGCGCCAAAAGGGUAACCCCAUCUUGAACAGCAUCAAGUCUUUGCCUUGGGAGUACUCUGAUAUCCCUGCCGACUUCGUGCUCGGCCAGACAACAUGCGCUCUCUUCCUAUCUCUCAAAUAUCAUCGCCUACAUCCUGAGUACAUCUAUUCACGAAUUCGCCAGUUAGGCCAAAAAUACCUCCUUCGCCUUGUCCUUGUCAUGGUAGACAUUGAGAAUCACCAAGACCCGCUGAAAGAGCUGUCUAAAACUUCUCUAAUCAACAAUGUCACACUAAUCCUGACCUGGAGCGCCAACGAGGCUGGCCGCUAUCUGGAAUUGUUCAAAUCUUGCGAGAAUGCUGCUCCAACUGGUAUCAAAGCACAGAAGGCUGCUACCUUUGCCGACAAUCUGGUCGAGUUCAUAACUGUUCCUCGCAGCAUCAACAAGACUGACGCAGUCGGUCUUGUCUCAAACUUUGGUAGCGUUCGAACCUCUGUCAACGCACGGCCUGAAGACUUGUCCCACAUUGCUGGCUGGGGUGACAAGAAGGUCAAGAUGUGGUGUCAAUCUGUCCGUGAGCCCUUCCGCGUG